AUGGCUGGCGGCAAAGGAAAAUCCGGAAAAGACAGUGGAAAGUCCAAGUCCAAAGUGAUCUCACGAAGUGCCCGCGCUGGCCUCCAGUUCCCCGUCGGUCGUAUCCAUCGAUUCCUCAAACAGCGGACUACUUCCCAUGGACGUGUUGGUGCUACUGCUGCUGUCUACAGUGCUGCUAUCCUCGAAUAUCUGACUGCUGAAGUGCUGGAGUUGGCCGGAAAUGCUUCGAAGGAUCUGAAGGUGAAGAGAAUCACUCCCAGACAUCUACAUCUAGCCAUCCGAGGAGACGAGGAGUUGGACACAUUGAUCAAGGCCACCAUUGCUGGCGGUGGUGUCAUUCCUCACAUUCAUCGUUACCUCAUGAGCAAGAAGGGUGGACCCGAGCACGUCCCAUCUCAGACCAAGGCCCCUCCACAAGUUUGA